UUUCAUGUCUGACGCCCAAUUGAGCCGGCAAUACUUGAAAAACGCCAAUAUAAGUAUAACUGCUGGAGAGUCGUUUAGCAUCACCUGUGGAGCAAAUAGGGCAAGGCCUCCCGCAGUACUGCAAUGGCUAAUAUCAGAGGACGUGACCGUUGUUCAUCAGGAACAAUCUGAUGUCAUUCAAGACGGAUAUUACAUCUCCCUGAAAACCUUGACGAUCACACCCACCAGAGAUGACCACGGAAAGAUUCUCAGCUGCAUCGCAUCACACACGGAAAUACAAAGGAGUUUUAGAUCCUCAGUUCUUCUGAAUGUUCAUGUUCUUCCUUCCAGUGUGCUGCUCUUUCUAACUGGCGGUAACCAGUCACAAUCAACAGUCCUAUACGUUCAAGAAGGUUCAUCGACUUCAAUCACCUGUAAAAGCAUCGGGUCAUUCCCAGCAACUGAGUUAUCAGUUUGGUUAGCUGGUGACUUUGGCAGGACUUGGAUCCAUGCAAAUGUCUCAAGUAAUAGGAGUGCUUUAGACGACACUUUGUUUGACACUGAAAGUACCAUUACCAUAAGACCGGAUGACAGUAACCAUGGAAUGCACAUUUUAUGUUCAUCGUAUAUGGACGAUGUUUUCUUUGUUAAAGUACUGACAGUUAGACUAUUUGUUUACGGUCUACCAGACAAUGUCGCAAUGAUUGUCCGUGGUGAUAUGCUCGAAGGCUCUGCGACCAACGUAACAUGUACAGCUCUUAAUGAAUACCCUGCUCCUCUCAUCCACUGGUAUAUCGGGUCGAGGAACGUCACAGGCAAUUCAACCCUGAAGACAUCCAUCAAUAGCGCUGAUCGAUAUGAUGCUGAAAGCACUCUGACCAUCAUACCAAAUAGGUUUGACCACGGCAAACGUCUUCUCUGUCAUGCAGUUCAAACGACUUUAUCCAUGUCACAGUCCUUGAACAACACAAGGGUAUAAAAUACAUCAUUUAA